GAAACGAACGGCCUCUGCCUCCGGUCCUCCACCACCACUCCCCCAAGUCUCCCACUCCUCUAGAUCGCCGGCCCCUCGCUCGGCUCGGCCAUGGCGGCCGGCUCCUCGCUGGCCCUCGUCGCGGCCGCUGUAUGCCUCGCCUUCGCCGUCCUCGCGCCUGCUGUCUCCGGAGAUGGUGCCACGUUGGAGUCAGUUCCAGACCUUGUGAAGGCAAUGUACCUAAACAUUGAAAGUUUCCCUUGUGUGAGGCUGCUGAAUCUUUCUGGUGAAAUUGGUUGUUCAAAUCCUGGAAGCGAAAAGAUCAUUGCACCGAUUGUAAGAUUAACAAAAGGCAGUGAUCAAUUGGUUCAACCAUCCACUGUUCUUCUUCCCUUAGAUCAGAUGUCAGAUUUCUUGCUGAGGGUAUCCAAUGAUCCAGAAUUUCACCAGAAGGUGUCUGGUGUACUGAUCGAGUCAAAUGGUGCCAACAAUAACUUGCAAGAGUUGUCACCGGAUAGAAAAUUUCCACAAGAUGCUUUUGCACCCUACUCAAAUCGCAGCCAUGAUUGGAAUCCUGCUGGAUCAGGUAUUUUGUGGAACAGAUAUGACUUUCCUGUAUUUCUACUCUCAGAGGAGAGCACACGAAUCCUGCAAAAGGUUUCUGAAAAGAAUAAGAAGACUGACAAUGGAUAUAAAGCAAACGUUGCAGAAUUCGACCUUGUUAUGCAGACAACUAAAGCUCAAACACAUGAUUCAGCAUCCUGCCUCAAAGAGCGGUCAUGCUUGCCCUUAGGAGGACACAGUGUAUGGGCUUCAUUACCGCCAAUUAAAAAUGGAUCUACAGAGCAUCAUAAACCAAUAAUAUUGGCUAUCACAUCGCAAGACUCUGCAUCAUUUUUUCGGGACCGUAGUAUCGGUUCAGAUUCUCCCAUAUCUGGAUUGAUUGCCUUGCUCACUGCUGUUGAUGCUCUUUCUCACAUUCGUGAUCUAAGCAACCUUAAGAAACAGCUUGUGUUCGCUGUUUUUAAUGGUGAAGCCUGGGGUUAUCUUGGUAGCCGGAAAUUCUUACAGGAAUUAGAUAAAGGUGCUGAUUCUGUGAAUGGGAUUAACAGCUUAAUGAUUGACCAGGUACUGGAGAUCGGUUCUGUUGGCAAGGCUGUAAUUGAGGAAUAUCCAUCAUUUUAUGUGCAUGCUGCAGGGAAUUCAUCAGCUUCAAAGCAAAUAUUAGAUGCUCUGCAACGUGCCAGCAAGUCACUUGGUUCUGAUAAUGUUAAAGUGAAACAAGCAGCUUCAUCAAAUCCUGGUGUUCCACCAUCGUCAUUAAUGUCGUUCGUAAGAAAGAAUAUGUCAACCUCUGGAGUCGUAUUGGAGGACUUUGAUUCCCACUUUUCGAAUAGAUUUUAUCAUAGCUACUUGGAUAACCCUGGUAAGCUGACAGAGCGUAAAUGUGACUACAUUUCUCAUGAAAAUCCAUCAGCUAACUUGUGGCAUUUCCUUUUUUCUGCAGCAAACAUCAAUUCUUCAUCAAUAGCAGCAGCUGCUGCAUUGGUUGCCAGGUCGCUGUAUAUUCUUGCUAGUGCUGACUCAGUUGUCGAUCUCAUGACACUGAACACUAUAAAAGUUAAUGUUUCGUUGGUCGAAGAACUUAUUGGAUGUCUACUUACUUGCAAUCCUGGUCUUUCUUGCGGCCUUGUGAAAAGCUUCAUUUCUCCAAGCAGCAGUUCCUGCCCAAGUCAUUAUGUUGGUGUUUUUCUGGACGAUCCUUCUGGCACACAGUUUCCUUCAUAUGCAGACGACACCUCUCGGUUUGUAUGGAACUUCUUGGCAGACAGAACUUCUACCUCAGCGGGUAAUAAAAGCUCUUGCACUGGGAAGUGUGGUGAUGAAGGUGAAGUAUGCGUAGGGGCAGAGGUGGAGGCUGGAGGUAGAUGUGUUUUAUCUACAACCAGGUAUGUUCCAGCGUAUUCAACACGGGUGAAGUUUGAGGACAAUGCAUGGCAUGUACUUCCAGCAAACUCGUCAGAUCCAAUGGGUGUAGUGGAUCCUGUGUGGACUGAAAGCUACUGGAACACAAUCGGCCUCAGGGUCUAUGCUGUGCAAGAUUCAACUUACGAUUGGCUUAUCCUUCUUGCCGGGCUCAGUAUCACUGCCGCGUCGUAUUGUGCCGUGCUCGUCAGCAGAUCAUACAUUUCCAAGGUCGUCAAGCGCGACUGAAGCAUUAUUGACCUGCUCCACUGACUCUGGGAACCCCCGGUCUAUAUGUUCUGGGAUUUUGAGCUGGACAACUUGAACUAAUUCAGUUGGCGAUUUGUAGAACAUUAGCAACACAUCAGCGCAUGUGAUAGGGUGAUUGAACUGCCGAGAAAGCCACAGGGAAUUAUGGAGCCGUCCAGCUGAGGAGCCGUCUAUAGACGUUAGCUCUUCAUCAUUGUGCCGAGGUGCCCUUGUCUUGGGCCGGCAGUUGUAAUAUGAAAGGGUGCCCCUGGCACGCUUGGCUCUGAAACUGGUUGGUAGAUUACCAGAUGCCUCUACCUCUAGGUGGAUGUUUCCAGGAACGUGCGUCUUUCUGGGUUCGUGGAUCAUUGGGUGAAUGCUACGUAUCUAUCCAGUUUUGGUUGCGUAUGCCUGUUCCUCACGACUCCAUGGGCUUGUCCACUCCAAUUAUCACACUGGUACUCACAUCGUGAUUGGAUCA